AUGGUUGAUCCUGUCAUGGAUCCAGAUGGAAACAGCUACGAACGACGAGCAAUAAACGACUGGCUUAUGAAUAAUUCAACAUCACCAAUCACUCGAAACCCUUUGACCAUCCAUGAUUUAACGCCGAAUCGAGCUUUACGGCAAACCAUUGAACAGUUCAAAGCAGCUAAUAACGUUGUUCCACCUGCUUUAGUAACACCAGCUGCCGUUGAAGCACAACCUGUCGAUGUUGAUCUAAAAGUUAGUGUUAGUUAUGGAGAAAAUUGUGCUUAUGUUUUAGUGAAACCGCCCGUUGGUAUUCGGCGUACCCCGUGUGAUAUUUGUUGUGUAGUUGAUACUUCGGGCUCGAUGCAACUCGAAGUUGAGACAAAAGAUGAGCAAAAUAUGGUGGAAAAAUUUGGUCUAUCUCAGUUGGAUCUCGUCAAACAUGCCCUCAAGACCAUCAUUCAUACGUUGAAUGAACACGACCGUUUGUCAGUAGUUGAAUUUAACCGAAAGGCAACAGUCCUAUUUCAAUUGUUAAAAAUGACUCAGGAUGGAAAGACAAGUGCUCUGGCAGCCAUCGAACGGCUCGAGCCCGAUGGAGCAACAAAUCUGUGGGAUGGACUGAAGAAUGGUCUUGAUAUUCUCUCGAAAGGAUCAACUGAUAAAAGUAAUUCGGCAUUGUUUAUUCUCACAGAUGGCUGUCCGAACGAGGAGCCGCCGAGAGGUCACAUACCGACGUUGAAACGAUAUAAAACAAAAACGGGCUUUUCGUGUACUAUAAACACAUUUGGAUUUGGAUAUACACUUGACAGUCAACUAUUGGAAGAAAUUGCUAUUAUUGGGAAUGGUACAUAUUCAUUUAUUCCUGAUGGUGGUUUUGUCGGCACAAUAUUCAUUAAUGCCCUUAGCAGUCUUCUGACAACUGUUGCCACAAACGCUAGUUUAGAAGUAAAACCUCUGGGAUCAACCGUCUUGGGCGAAAAAUAUGCAGAAUUAUAUGAAACCGAAAAGAUUGACGGUGACGGUUUAAAAAUACACAUUGGUUCCGUUACCUACGAUCAACAAAAAAGCGUCAUUAUACCACUGUUAAGUAGUGCUUCGUCAGUGACCGUUGCACUUAGUUAUACAUCACCGCUCAAGAAAAAAUCUAUCAAAAUUUUGGCUGAUGAAGGAACAAUGGUUGUUCAUGAUCUUGCAAUUGAUCGAUAUCGACUAGAAUUUAUUGAUACAGUCAGAACAGCAAUGAAUUUUAUGAAAACUAAUGAGUUCGAUAAUGCUCAAAAUAUAAUAAAAGCAUUCGGGAAAGGUGUGAAAUCAUCAACGGUUGCAAAUGAUCCGUUUAUUGUUGAUUUAAUGAAAGAUUUGGAGGGACAAGUCACUGAGGCAAUUUCAAAGCAGGAAUGGUUUGAGCGAUGGGGAAAACUGUAUUUGCCGUCACUUACUCGCGCUCACCUCAUGAAAAUCUGUAACAAUUUCAAAGAUCCAGGGGUUCAACAUUACGGUGGUGAAUUAUUCAAUCGUCUCCGGGAUGAAAUUGAACAGAUAUUUAUCAGUCUACCUUCGCCCAAGCCAUCAGCUCGUCCUACAGCUGAACCUGUUCCAAUGGCUGCCUACAUGAACUAUUCAGCAGGCUGUUUUCACGGUAAUUGUAUCGCGACCUUAAAAGAUGGACAGACUAAACCGAUCAAUAAAAUUCAACGAGGUGACAUUUUGAAUGGCGGUGCCCGUGUUGUUUGUGUCGUUGAAACUUUGUGUGAUGGUGGAACGAUUGGUAUGAUUAAAUUUGAUCAGAGUGGUCUACUGAUUACCCCUUGGCAUCCUGUCAGAAUCAAUGGUAAAUGGAGUUUUCCCGACGAUAUUGGAAAAAAAAUCGAAGUGAAGUGUAAAUCGGUUUUCAAUUUAAUAUUAGAUAGCGGACACAUCGCGCUAAUUAAUGGUAUUGAAUGUGUAACACUCGGUCAUGGUUUCAAGGAAGAAGUAGUGGCACAUGAAUACUAUGGUACAACGAAGGUUUUAGAUGAUUUGCGUGAGUUCGAUGAUUUUGAUGAGGGGCAUGUGAUGAUCAAACGCCAGUACAUAAAGCGAGAUCCGAAGACGGGAUUGGUACAUGGAAUGCAACGUGAGAAAAAGGUGAUUACAAUUUUACAAUGCAAUCCGGCCAUUACAUCAGUUUUUUAG